AUGAGCGGCUCAGGGAACCAGCCCCUGCCCGCGAAGGAGCAGCAGCUGUUCAGAUCCGUCGUGAAGCUCUACGAGAGCAAGCAGUACAAGAAGGCGAUCAAGGCGUGCGACCAGAUCCUCAAAAAGUUCCCGGAUCAUGGGGAGACCCUGGCCAUGAAGGGCCUGACCCUGAAUUACAUGGACAAGAAGGAGGAGGCGUACGACCUGGUGCGCAAGGGGCUGCGGUGCGACCUCAAGUCUCACGUCUGCUGGCACGUGUAUGGGGCGCCGGGGGCGCUCACGCGGCCAGACCCAUCCCGUGGGCGCAGCAUCCGUCCCGCCCCCCAUCCCUUAUCUUCCGCACCAGCGGCGUGCGCCGCUGCGCCACCCCCAUCUCAUCCGCUGGACCCCUCGCUCCCGUUUGUACCGCCCUUUGUCGCCGCCCGCAGCCUGCUGUACCGCAGUGACAGCAAUUACCCUGAGGCCAUCAAGUGCUACCUCAAUGCGCUGCGCAUCGACAAGGAGAACCAGCAGAUCCUCAGGGACCUGGCCAUGCUGCAGGUGAUCUGGCGGCGAUCUGGGUGA